GCUGGUGAGGACGAGAUGAGGAGCAGCAGAGGAAGUGGGAGGAUCGAGGCUCAAAAGUCAAUGCAACUGGACUGCAUCUCAACUCUCUCUCACUCCACACUUUCUACGUGCUGCAAGUUUUCAAACCGGCAUCUGCUGCAUUCAGGUUUAAAAGAAGAAGGACCCUUCAUUUUCCGCCGCUUAAUUGACUGCUUCCGACCAAGAUGAUGAUCCUUAUCGCGGAGUUCUUCGUGGUGAUUCUCAAGGUGCUCUGGGCUUUUGUAACAGCCGGCUGUAAAUGGGUGGUGCGACCAAAGGAGAAGAGUGUGGCCGGACAGGUGUGCGUAAUCACCGGGGCUGGAAGUGGCCUAGGACGGCUCUUCGCCAAAGAGUUUGCCCGGAGAAGAGCCAUCCUGGUGCUCUGGGACAUUAACAGCCAGAGCAAUGAGGAAACAGCCGAGAUGGUGAGGCAGAUUUAUCACGAGCUGGACACUCCCAUCACCAAAGACGGACCUGUUGGAGGGGUCGAGGAGGUCCCCCCUUUCCAGCCGCAGGUCUACACCUAUGUGUGUGACGUGGGGAAGCGUGAGCAGGUGUACGCCACAGCUGACAAGGUGCGUCGAGACGUGGGAAACGUGGACAUACUGAUCAACAACGCCGGCGUGGUCUCCGGACACCACCUCCUGGAGUGCCCUGAUGAACUGAUCGAGCGCACCAUGGUGGUCAACUGCCACGCACACUUCUGGACCACCAAGGCGUUCCUCCCCAAGAUGCUGGAGCUGAAUCACGGCCACAUUGUGACGGUUGCCAGCUCCCUGGGUUUAUUCAGCACAGCUGGAGUGGAGGAUUACUGCGCCAGUAAGUUCGGUGCCAUCGGGUUCCACGAGUCGCUCAGCCAUGAGAUAAAAGCCUCAGAGAAGGAGGGCAUCAACAUGACUCUGGUUUGUCCUUACCUGGUGGCCACGGGAAUGUUCAAAGGCUGCCGGAUAAGGAAGGAGAUUGAGCCUUUCCUCCCCCCCCUGAAGCCAGAGUUCUGUGUGAAGCAGUCGAUGAGGGCCAUCCUCACCGACCAGCCCAUGAUCUGCACGCCUCGCAUCGUCUAUAUGGUCAACUUCAUGAAAAGGUGA